UCUGCAAGAGUUUCGCAAAUGGCCCAAUAGCUUUGGUCCGUUACUGAUGGCAUCUGUGACGCUGCCCAGCAAUCCCACUACGCCGGAAUGGAUGCAAUGCGAUGUACAGGCAUGCAAAGUCCUGGAGGAGGCGAGCAGGGAGAUUUCGGCGAACUGCCGGGCCCUGGGGGACCGGCUGCAGGGUGUGUGCCAUGAUGCGCUACAACGGCUACCAGCCGAGGAAAGCUCAGCUGUAACAGCCAGUGGUGCUGGUCCUGAGUUCAUCUCCACCUUUGCCCACUUCAGCAGUGCCCUGCUGGCCGUAGCUGGCGAUUUGGAGAUCAUCGUCUCCCAGCCGCUGCAGCAAGCCAUUGCUACCCUCGUGGAAGAGAGCACUGGCCGAGCCAAGCAUUUGCAGCAGGUGAAAAAACGCUUUUCGGAAUUGCAGGAGAAGUAUGGAAAAGCUCAGCAAAAGACCAUGGAAGCAAAGUCCAAGCUUGCAAAUGGAGGUGACAAGCGUUGGUGGCGCAAAUCGAGCAAAACAGCUGCAGACCAGCAUGCAGCCGUAUGCGAUCUUGCCCGAUGCGAAGAGGAGCUACUGGAAAGCGAAGCAAGCCUUCGGAAGUUGGAGGAUGAGAGCCGUGAGCGCCUAGCGCAGCUGGACAUGGACAAAAGGGCCAUGCUACAGCGGGUGCUCCAGCAGGGACGAUCCUCGUUGAGGAGACUGCUGCGGGUGGCAGAUGAGGUUCCUCCCUUGGAAGAUUUUCAAGGUGUGAUGCCAGGUGCCGACUACUCUGCAUGCUUGAAGGAGGUCGAGCCGCGACACGUUGGUGCCGAAGCUCUGGACUUGGACGAUGACAUGGCCAUGGAUGCUGCUCCCGAGCCGGAGAUCGAGCGCAAGGACUCCUUGACAGACCGGUCCUCAAAGUACUUACCAGGACCUGAUUUGGAGGAAGAGGAGGGUGAAGUGGACGUCGAGGUGGGGGAAGAUGUAAAUGCGGGCAGCCGUGCAGCUGGCUGGUCCCCCGAUUCGACAUCUUCGAGGAGCAAGUUGGGUCCAGGAAGACAAGGAUCUUUGGUCUUUGAGAGUGAUGCCUCUCAAGUUCUCAUCAAGCAAGCUUCACGGACAGGAGCAUGUGAACUCAUUCAGGAGGUCAAGAAGAGUAGCAGCGAAAAGAUAGGAGCAACCGAGCAGGCCGCAUCGGCUCGCUUCGAGGAGGCGGAGUCCUCCAGUGAGGAGGAUUGCUUGGGUCCACCUGCAGAGGCUCUCAGCGAGAUGAAGCUGGAACUUUCUCCCCUGGUUUCGGAGCAUCCACAACAAAGCUUCGAAACCUAUGUGAAGCGAAUCCCAGAGCUCUUGGCUGCUGCGGUUGAGACCAAUUGGGAGAAACUUCAAGGAGCUGCAGCGGAACAUCCCUUGGGGAGCUUGGUUGGGAAGUUGGAGCUCUUUUGGAUCCACGAGCCAGGCGACUUGCCGCCCAAGCCAGCGGAGUCUGCUAUGGGUCUGGUGUGCUUCCAAUUCGUGCAAGGCCAUGCCUCCCAUUAUGCACGUGUCCUCCACCUGUCUGUGACAAGACCCGAGGCGCUGCAAUCAGCUGUCUCACAAGCGCGGCAUUUGAUCUUGGAGACCCUGCCGGUCAAGAGUCUCCGAGUCACCGUGCUGGCGGCGGAAGAUGAUGGGCAGCACAUUUGCAUUGACCCACAUGUGGAGCGGGCGUAUCACCAAUGCGGCUUUCGCUGGUUUCAAUUGACCCAAAAGCUUCGUCGGAAGAAGUCGUCCUUGCUACGCCACCGGAAGAAGAGAGCCGUGCGCUUUCUGGUGCUUCAUUCGCAACGUGGCGACGCGGACCCACCCGCACCACGGAAUGAGAUAGGCACCAAAGCACAAUUGCUUCUGCAAAGUCAGACCUCUGAAGAAGGCAGAGAGAGCCCAAGUGCCAUCCGAGAAGCGGAACCAGUGGAAGCGGAGGAGCUUACCUUCAGCGCCUGGUGAUGCUCAGAAAUGCUAAGAAUGUCUGGGAGACCACACAAACAUCUUCUGAACC